GUAUUGGAUAUGUAGCCUGUAAAAAGUUAGAAAUGAGUCUGUUGCUUUCUAACGGCGAGAUUUCUGUACAUGGAAAUGUUAGAAAAUUUGGCCUAUGUUUGUGUUCUGUUUAUUUUGGUUCCAUUCUGGAUGACAGAGAGCAAAACUGUGGGGCACUCUUUAGAUGAUGACCUCCUGUUGCCCUAUUCUGAUAGUCAUGGUCCGUCUCAUUCCCAUCGGUACGUGAGGGACUGUCAGCCACUCCUCCAUGGAAACCUUACCCAUGAAACCUGGCUGGCAAGCGCACACCCUGGCUCUCCUGUAGUAGAAUCCAAGAAUUUUGUCUCAGCAUUCAGCAGUUCAGUGAGAUGGGUGAGUGGCCACAUCACAGUGGUUCAUGACCCGCUGAGAACAGUGUCGGUGCUGGAGCCUGGAGGCCCCGGAGGAUGUCUGAUUUUACGUAGAGAGCUUGUGGAAAACACUGCUAAAACAAGGAAGUGUCUGAUCGCACAGAAUGCUGGAUAUUUUGUCAUGAGAAAAAAGUUUCUUGAAGGAAAGUGCUUAGGGAACAUUGUAAGUGAUGGCAGACUGGUACAGAAUAGUGGAGGAGUGCAGAACGCUCAGUUCGGUAUCAGGAAGGACGGGACACUGGUGUUUGGUUAUCUAUCAGAGGAAGAGGUGUUGGACAGAAUAAACCCUUUUGUGCAGCUGGUCAGUGGGGUGGUUUGGCUGCUCAGGUCAGGAGAAGUAUACAUCAAUGAGAGCUUAAAGGCUGAAUGUAAAGACUCUCAGGAGACAGGAACAUUACAGGAAUUUGUUAAUGUGAUAUCUGCACGGACAGCAGUGGGCCACGAUGCCAAGGGAAGACUCAUUUUAUUCCAAAGUGAUGGCCAGACAAAUAUCAGAGGUAUGAACCUAUGGGAGGUGGCAGAGUUCCUGAAGAAGCAGGGAGUCAUCAACGCCAUUAAUCUGGACGGAGGCGGCUCCUCCACUUAUGUCCGUGACGGGUCACUGGCAAGUUUCCCCUCAGAUCACUGUGAUGAUCCGAUGUGGCGAUGUCCUCGGGCCGUGUCCACCGUGCUGUGUGUGCACGAGCGUCUCUGCCAGCCUGAAGACUGCAACAAGCAUGGGACCUGUGUAGAUGGCCAGUGUGUGUGCCAACCUGGCUGGGCCAUGCCUACCUGUGCCAAUCUAACAUGCCAACCUACAGCUUGUGGAGACCAUGGGCUCUGCACCCCAGUUGGCUGUGUGUGCGACGCAGGGUGGAUAGGUGUGAACUGCAGUCAGGAGUGUAAGGCAGGUUUCUAUGGCGAUGGGUGUAAGGACAAAUGCAUGUGCAAAAAUGGUGGAACUUGCGAUCAUGUCCAUGGACAAUGCACUUGUCCUGCUGGUUUUCAUGGCGAUUCCUGUGAGCAAGAAUGUCCUCUAGGAUACUACGGGCUGCUUUGUUCACAGGAGUGCCAAUGCAGUAACCUUUGCCCUUGUGACUCCGUAACGGGAAGCUGUAAUGCCACUUUCCACAACCAGAGAAAUACCAGUAUGCAGAGAGCUGGUCAUUGCCUAGCCACCCAAAUGUUGAAGGAGUGGCGAAAGAAAGACGAGGCUCACAUGCAGAGGCCUUAUCUAUCAAAGAAGAGCUGGAUGGUUAGCACCGCCGUCCUGGCUGCAAUCUUGCUGACCAGUCUCAUUGGAAACUUAAUCCAAUGGUGUGGAAAAUGCAAAGGAUAUCUGCAGCAGGAGUAUUCCUAUGUACCACUAGAGGAAGUUCACAAGUCUAGGGAUAGUCCAAAUCAUUUGAGGACACAGCCUGGCAAAGCUCUCUUUCAGCCAGAUGACACAGACUCAGACUCCUUAUAGCUGUGAGUGUGUGUGUGUGUGUUUUGGUACGUGACUGUGGGUGACCACCAACAACAAGCAAGUUUCUGUAUAUACAGGUUAGUCCCCUACAUGGCCUGUGUAGUCAGUAAAAGAUGCCUCUUGCGGUAUAUGCUCAUUGAUCUUGAGGUUUAUUAAUCACACAGUGAAGCAGGUGUUCCUGUAUGUCAUCAUUCCUAAUAGUCAGUGAGUUCACAGAGCUCCUCACAGUCAAUACUGUGGUCAAAAUAAAAACUACAAUCAAACUGAGGCUCUAAAUUCAACCAAGGACAUGCACAUCUGUGAAUGUCUUCAGUAGCCAUAUCCUGGCCUUUAUGGCAUUGUUAUGUAACAAGUGGUCAUCAUGGGCAUUCUGUGAUUUCUUUAUAUUACUCACUUUGGUUUACUCACUUUGUACAUUUAUUAAAAACUCAGGAAUUUCAAAUUUGGUCAUCGGGGAUUAAUAUUAAACUGCUUGUGGGCUACUUCAUGUUUUUGAUGAUUUUGUACAACUUGUUGCCAUAGAAGCAGACCAGAAUUGAACAGUGAAUGCCAUAAUAAGGUUUGCUACUGUAUUUACUUUUUAUGUUCAUUUUGAAAGCAGACUCACCCUACUUGGCUCACAGCCUAGUACAUGUUGUUUUGAACCAUUUCCCCUGGCAUACAUUGUAAAAUCAUGGCCUGAUAAGUUUUUGUAGACUCUAAGAAACCAAAACAAGGACAUCUCGUAUGGACUUUGACAAUGACACAGUGAGAUGGGAAAUAUGGCAGGAUGUGUUAGCCUAAAUGAAGGGGAAUUACACUUUAAUAAAUGCAUCAUGCAAGGGAAGUAUUAACAGAGCUGACCCUUCAAGUUUAGUGCCUUUUAAAUACCUGCUGACUUACAACUCCAAGACAAAGCAUUUUUAUGUUGUCAAUGUCUCUUUUUUGUACACCAUUACUGUAGAGUGACAUUUUAAUCCUUGCAAUGUCUGGAAAUUCAUCAUUGUUAAUAGAACAGAAACAGAUAAAGUGAGCUGUUUGAAUCUCAAGAUGUUUUAACAUUUGAGGAUAGAACAAUGGCCAAUUUUAUGAAUUAUUUUCAUAAUGCACAGAUUCAUAGUGUUUGUAUUUAUCUUUUACAAUUAUGGAGCUCCUCCCUGAUGACUUACUCAGCCAAAAAUUUACAUUUAUGAUACAACAUUCCCAUUUAUACUCACUUUGAAAGGGAGUAAAGUUUUUUUUUAAUUUAUUAAUUAAUCCUUUUUUUGGGGGAGCUUCAUGAUUUCACAAAUCAUACCUGGUAGUGAGGCAAAUGAGAGUCCAAUUUUUUUUUAUUUUAU